AUGUUUAAAGACGCAGAAAAGGUACAACUUCGAGACGAAGUUUUCUGUAAUUAUGACAGUUUAGAACGGCCCGUCGAGGACCACAAGGAAGUCAUCAAUGUGACGAUUCAAUUAUUGCUGAAAAGCACUGAUUACGAUGAACAUUCAGCCGGGCUUACAUUAAAUUAUUGGACAACAUUGACGUGGAUCGAUGGCAUCUUGAAUUGGAAACCGGAAGAGCAUGACAACAUUCAAACUCUCAUCGUACAUAGCGAUUAUCUCUGGAAGCCGGAUUUAUCCGUCUACAAUCGAGUAGAGCAAUCCGGAAGUGCCGCCAUACUUGAUUCGGACCAUUGCAUUGUCAAAUACACCGGACAAAUCUCCUGCGUCUCUCCGAGUAAUCAUGAAAUCCUGUGCCAGCCAAACUUGAAAUAUUUCCCAUUCGAUACCCAAAUCUGCACGAUGGUUAUUGGCUCGUGGAUCCACGAAGGAGAAGAAGUCAAUAUUCACACGCCGAAGGUCCCAGUCAGUUUGUCAGAUUACAGUGAAACAGGCGAGUGGAAACUGAAUACUGUAAACAUCACGUACACAUCCGGAAAGUACGACUGCUGUCCGAACUCGACUUUCCCCUAUGUGGAGUACACUUUCUCAAUUGAGAGACAGUCUGGCAUUCAUGUUUGCGUUGCGAUUGUUCCGGCAAUUUCCAUGUUUGUGAUGUCAAUCAUAUCAUUCUUCAUGGACAUCAAAGGACAGGAACGGAAUAUGAUCACAGUGGCCAAUAUUAUAGUCCACCUGUUAUUCAUCCAGUUCUAUGCAUGGAGCCUUCCGGUUUCGGGCCCAGACCCGCCAUUACUGAUGACAUACUCUAGGGACUCGUUGAUAAUGGCAACGUUUAUGCUUAUUUUGACAACAAUCCUGCGAAAAUUGAUACUUUGUAGGAUGGAUAGUCCCAAGUGGAUUGGCACGGCGACCGGAUACGCCAUGAACAGUCGUGCGGUGCAAUUGGUGUUCAUGUUUGAUGGCAGCCUCAAGGAUGUCGCUGAACGUUUGGGUGACGACGAUGGCCGCAAUAUCAUCGAAAACGUCCAAUCAGCGUCGUCUUCGACCAACAACGAUUGGCUCGUCCUGGCGAAAUUGUUGGACCGCGUAGCGCUAAUCGCAUACUUCAUUGUGUAUUUCAUCAUGUGCAUUGCAUUCAUACCUUAAAAUUACCCAGUAAUCGUGUGAUAUCCAGCAAACCGUUUCGUUUUUGCCACUCACUCGACUGUAUGCAAUUCCAAGCGACUAUCGACGGCUAGAAAUUGAUUAAAUACAUUUGGUCUGCUUCA